AUGUCAUUACCAGCUUCAUUUGAUUUAACUCCUGAAGAUGCUAAAUUAUUAUUAGCAGCUAACGUACACUUAGGUUCAAAAAACGUUCAAGUCCACAACAAACCAUACGUUUAUAAAACCAGACCAGAUGGUGUUAACGUUAUUAACAUUGGUAAAACUUGGGAAAAAAUUGUUUUAGCUGCUAGAGUUAUUGCUGCUAUUCCAAACCCAUCCGAUGUUGCUGUUUGUUCUGCUAGAACUUACGGUCAAAGAGCUGUUUUAAAAUUUGCUGCUCAUACCGGUGCCACUCCAAUUGCUGGUAGAUUCACUCCAGGUAACUUCACCAAUUAUAUCACCAGAUCUUUCAAAGAACCAAGAUUAGUUGUUGUUACUGAUCCAAGAACCGAUGCUCAAGCUAUUAAAGAAUCAUCAUACGUUAAUAUCCCAGUUAUUGCUUUAACCGAUAUGGAUUCACCAUCUGAAUACGUUGAUAUUGCUAUCCCAUGUAAUAACAAAGGUAGACACUCAACUGGUUUAAUCUGGUGGUUAAUUGCUAGAGAAGUCUUAAGAUUAAGAGGUAUUAUCCCAGAUAGAACUACUGAAUGGUCUGUCAUGCCAGAUUUAUAUUUCUACAGAGAUCCUGAAGAAGUUGAACAAGCUGCUACUGCUGAAGAAACCAAAGAAGAAGAAACUGAAGAAUCUGCUCCAGCUGCUGAAGCUGAAUGGACUGCUGAAGCCGAACCAGUUGAUUGGGCUGAAUCAGGUGCUAACCCAGCUGCUGAAGAAGCUGCUGCUCAAAAUUGGUAA